GACCUGGCUGGAGCCGAGGCGGCGGGCGUACAGGGCAUUAGAGAAGCCCCGGAGGACAUACAGCUCUCGGGUUCAUUCAUUCACUGGAGCAGCGCCUGCUCUGCUUUAGGCACCGGGAACUGGAUUAUAAAUUUCGGCGGAUUCUCUCUUAAAACCGGCGGUCGGAUAGGAGAGACAGACGCGUAAGCAGGCACUUAAAAUAUAGUGUACUCAGUGCAGUGGUGCUAGAAGCGCCGAAAGCUCCUGGAACUUACUUGGGCUUCUGCGGGAAGUGGCAUCAAGUAGACACUGAAGGGUAGGUGGGAGGGUGGGGGACAGAGCGGCACAGACUGGGGGAGAAGCGAGUUCAGAAGUUGGUGAGGCAAACCCCCACCCCAAAUCCGUAAUUUCAGAGAACUAAAGGUCAUUCAGUCUGUCUGGAAGGCAAGUAGCAAGAAAUGGGCCUGGAAAAGGAGCCAAUAAUCACAGCAUGCAAGGAAGGAGUUUUAGGCCAGAUUAUGAAUUUUUUUUCUUUAUUUUGUGAGCGAUUGGGAAGCGAUUGAGCACCGGGGCGAGUAUCAGGAGCUGUGCUUAAGUUUUCACCGUUACUUUCACACUGUCCUGUGGAGAAUACAUUGCUGACAGAAAGACCCGACAAAACUGCAGUUAUAACGACCAGCGAGGACUGAUGAUCUGGUUCAUGCAAAGGGGACUGGACUCGGAGACCAAGAAACAACUAGAAGAGGAAGAAAAGAAAAUCAUUAGUGAAGAGCACUGGUACUUGGAUUUGCCUGAGCUGAAAGAGAAAGAGAGUUUCAUUAUAGAAGAGCAGAGUUUCUUGUUGUGUGAAGAUCUUCUCUAUGGAAGAAUGUCAUUCAGAGGAUUUAAUCCUGAGGUUGAGAAAUUAAUGCUUCAGAUGAACGCCAAGAACAAAACAGAAGAAGUUGAAGAGCAAACAGUGGAGCUCGAUGUGUCAGAUGAAGAAAUGGCUAGAAGAUAUGAGACCUUGGUGGGGACAAUUGGGAAAAAGUUUGCCAAGAAAAGAGACCGUGCCAUUUACGAAGAAGAUGAAAAUGGAGAGAUAAAACCAAUUAAAGCAAAGAAGAUGUUCUUAAAGCCCCAAGAUUAAAGUGGAGGCCUUAAGCUAUGGCUCAGGGAUGAGAGCAUAUUUUGGAACUCAACUCUGUAGGUUCCUCUAUAGUUAUUAAUGUCAUAAUGUUUAUUUGUAAAGAAAUGUAUACUUUUGGAAACAUGCUGUUUUGGGAACAGACGUGUGAUGGAUGUUA